UUGCUGAUCAGUUGCUGCACAAACUCACAGACGAGAGUCUUUACCCGGCUGUAACGCAGAUCUUUAUCUCUGUACUUUGACAUGCAGAGUAGAGCAGAUCAUAACGGAAAGAAACAGAGCGAAGAACAAUAGAACAGAGGAGUCCAUAUCUUGCAUCGACGCUUCGCUACAGUGCGAAGCUAUUUAGAGCAACUACACUACAGGUAAUACUUUCUCUCACCUGAAGCACUGAUGGCUGGCAGUGUGUGUGUCACUGUGACUCUCCUCAUGUGUGUUCUUGGAGGCCAUGCGCUGGACCUGCUGAGGGUGACUACAACAUCAGGGGAUCCUCCCUCCACUUUAACAAUGCGUUGCUGGUGCGCGAGCUACCCAAAUGUGACUCUUUGCUCCUGGCCUGAACCCUCUCACUCCCCGCCGACACACUAUGUUGCCACCUACAGUGAGAGACUCAGACAGCCGGUCACCAAGCGGUGCCAUCUCAUCCAACCCAACUCUUCAUCCUCUGAUCUGAUUUCAGCAUCGUCAUCCUCAUCUCAACGGCUCUGGCACUGCCUCCUGCCCAACCUGAAGCUUCUCACUGACUACAUCAUCAAUGUCACGGCAGUUUAUUCUGGUGGAAGCAGCUCCCAUCUAUCAAGUUUCAUGUUGGAGGAUAUAGUGAAGCCAGAUCCCCCCGUGGAUGUCCGAGUUUCCCCUCAUGGUGUCAGAAACCUGUUGGUGGAAUGGUCUCCUGCCCCAACUUGGGCCAACCUGAACAUCUUCCCUCUAAAAUACCAGAUACUGUACAAGUGGGAAAACAGGGGCACCCCAAAGUCUGUCAAACUGGGUCCGUUCGAGAGCACCAUGGUUGAGCUGAAGGGGCUGACCCAAGGAAGGAUGUACCAGUUCCAGGUGUGCGCGAAGGAGCUGCUGGGUCUGGGCGAGUGCAGCAACUGGAGCUCGCCUGUAAAAGUCACCGUGCCAGGAACGAAAUCGUAGAGACUCUCACUUCCUGUUUCAUGUAACCUUCUCCUUUCAAGCUACCAGUGAAGUAAAGCUAAAAACCUGCACACGGGUCUUUUAACUACACCAGCAAUGCAAACAAAAGUUAUUUAUAUUUAGUUUUAUUUAAAAAUGAAUCAAUUGAAAUGAUCUGUACAGUGUUUUUAUAUACUGUAUAACUUUGUCCGUCUGAGUUAGAAACAUUGUGAUAAUCUGCCAAGCUGUCUGAGAGUAUGAUCCUUUUCAGUUUAUGACAUUUUAAGACAUAUUUUUUUAUAUAUUUUAGUCAUUGUGUGACAGCUCCACAUGUGUGUGAAACAUUUAAUAAAAUCAAAGCAUUCAUAUUGAA